AUGUCUCAAUUCACAGUCCAGCGUGAGAACAGCCGUCGUGGCUAUUCGCCUCCUGCUGGCGCUCGACCUAGCGUCAUGGCCUCUCUUGACGAACCACCAGAGUUCGCCUUUGACUAUCUCGACAAGAACAAUAGGUUGCUCUAUGAGAAACAAGCAUGCGCUAUCUCAUGGCUGGCAGACAUCACCAACCACGAGAACAAGACUAUCGCCAGCUCCUUGUGUCCGCCAAAAUACGACCAUUCGCCUGCUUCGUCUCACCAGCCACCAUCGCCCAUCAUCCUCAAGGCCACUCAGAGACGCCGUCUUCAGGAGCGCUUCCAGGCCCGCGUGGACUCUCCCAGCUGUUCAUCCUCCGAAGAGACCCUGCAGCGUCUUCUCCGGGGCUACUCGGAUUCGUCUUCAGCACAUGAUAUCGAGGAGAUCUACGUGACGCCUCGUCCUCUUUCCAAGACGCCUACCACCGUCACUUCUCACGAGGAUCCUGUGCAGAUCAGUCGUCCACGGGCUCCUGAGCCCAUAUCGUUCUCUAGUUAUCUCCCUCACCAUCACGACCAGGAGAUCAAACAGAGCUUCGUCACGCCCUCGUCUCAUCCUCGUCCUUCUCCACAACAUUCUAAGGCUCUUGCCACCUCAACCCCUUGCAAAACGAACCCUGCUGAGAGUCACCGUCCUGCAUCAGCCUCAGGACCUGCUCCUCCACCUCUCCCUCGUCUCCGCCAUCUGCGGGACUUCAUCUCCGGCGUCCUCAGGUUCACCAAGCUGGACCACAACGGCGACCUGCUCUUCACCUCCAAGCAAGACAAGUGCGGCGCCGUGGUCACGAGCGACACCCUCCGUCGCGAGGCACAGGAGCUAGUAGAACACGACGCCCACCUGGAGCGAGAGAACGACCGACUACACGCCGAGGUCUCGACUCUACAGCUCCAGCUAGACGCUGCGCGGAGACUCGCCUCUCUCUCCUCCCCAUCCACGACCAGCACCACCGACCCGUCCUCGGACCCACCCCCAUUCUCUCAGGAGAAUGCAGAUCUAGACAGGCGCGCCCAGGAUGCCCGCAUCACCAGGAUGCAGUGGCGUCUCGACCGCGCUGACCAGUUCGUCAACAGGUGCGAGAUGGCCGUGUACCGCCUCCGCCUCGAGCGGGACGCUGCCGUGCGGGACGUCGAGGCCGCGCGGCGGGAGGCGGAGGUGUUGCGGGCGCAGAACGAUGUGGUUCGGCUGGCGCGGAAUCGGUAUGCGGAUCGGGUGGAGGAUCUGUAUGCUGCCUUGGAGGAUGUCUAUGCGCGGGUGCGAGGAGGUUCGCAGUCGGAGAGGGGCUUCUGA